AUGCCUACCGCCAAGCUCCAAAAGAACAAUGCCUACUUCUCGAGGUUCCAAGUCAAGUACAGGCGCCGCCGUGAGGGAAAGACCGAUUACUAUGCCCGUAAGCGGUUGAUUACCCAGGCGAAGAACAAGUACAAUGCGCCCAAGUACCGCCUCGUCGUCCGCUUCACCAACAAGGACAUCAUCUGCCAGGUCGUUCACUCCGAGAUUGGCGGUGACAAGGUCUUCAUGGCCGCUUACGCCCACGAGCUGAAGGCCUACGGUAUCACCCACGGUCUCACCAACUGGUCCGCUGCCUAUGCCACUGGUCUCCUUCUCGCUCGCCGCGUUCUCAAGAAGCUCGAGCUUGACGAGGACUUUGUUGGUGUCGAGGAGGCUGAUGGUGAGUUUACCCUCACCGAGGCUGCCGAGGUUGAUGGCGAGGAGCGCCGUCCCUUCAAGGUCUUCUUGGAUGUCGGUCUCACCCGUACCUCGACUGGUGCCCGUGUCUUCGGUGCUAUGAAGGGUGUCUCUGAUGGCGGUGUCUUCGUCCCUCACUCGGAGAACCGCUUCCCCGGCUACGACGUUGAAGGCAAGGAGCUCGACGCCGAGACUCUCCGCAAGUACAUCUUCGGCGGCCACGUUGCUGAGUACAUGGAGACACUCGCCGACGACGACGAGGAGCGCUACAAGUCCCAGUUCAGCGGUUACAUCGAUGAUGACCUCGAGGCCGACGGUCUUGAGGAGCUGUACCAGGACGCCCACAAGCAGAUCCGCGAGGAUCCCUACAAGAAGGAGGAGGGCGAGGGCAGCAAGAAGUCCAAGGAUGAGUGGAAGGCCGAGUCCAAGAAGUUCAGGACCCCCAAGCUCACCAAGGCCGAGAAGGAGGAGCGUGUCAAGGCCAAGAUCGCCGAGAUCACUGGUUAAGCAGUUGCUACUUGUUCGUCUUCUUCUUCACACUGCAUUUGAUCAUGACAAAAGCAAGGCUCCCGGCGUCCGGGGAUGUACGGGGAAUGAUACCUGGAUUUGCACAGGAGAUAGUCUACUUAGCCUUUUCACGACGUCCAAUGAGAUGAUGAGAUGGCCAUGCUGUAGUUGGCUACCACAAGCAAAAAGCAACCCAAUCUUGCCUUGCCCGUACAGUGUUAGUCCGAUAUAGGUUCUUGAUGUUAUAUGCACAGCACGAACGUUAGCCCACUCCAGACUGCACGCUACCGCACCCCUUGUUGAGGACCGGAGACCAAAGUAGCAACAUGUGAUACCC